AUUACCCAAGAACAAAAUUUGAAGAAAGAUGAUGCUACUGGUAAACAGCACUUAAUGACAUGCAACACUAUUAAUCCUGGUCCAUCAACAUCCAAAAACUUCGAGCAAGAACAUAGAUCUAUAACAGCUAACUCUCCGCUACCUUCACUGACAUUAGACUUACAAAAAAAAUUAACGGAGGAUGGUGUACUGAAAGCUCAAAAAUAUUUUAUCAACUUUUGGGCUUCAUACUUGUGGGAAGUUAUGAAUACCAAACCAACAAAGUUUGAUUAUCAUAAUUUAGCGACGAGUAUUGUACAGGCUCAUCCAGAACUUAAAGGUGGAUCUAAUGAAUGUGGGAUCGUUCGAAGUCAAUUAAGUAUCUGGAUAAGAAACCAUCGUCGUGGGUUGAAAAAGACUGGAAGUGUUAAAAGAGACCAUGAUGGAAAUAGCAAGCCUCCAACAGCUUAA